AUGCGUCUGACGCCCGCCGACGUCCUAUGCUGCCCUCCUCCCCUGUUCCACUGCUUCGGUCUGGUUCUGGGCAUGCUGGCCGUCAUCACGCACGGCGGCAAGAUUGUGUACCCGGGCGAGGUGUUUGACGUGGCGGCGACGCUCCGCGCCAUCUCGGACGAAGCGUGCACGGCCAUCCACGGCGUGCCGGCCAUGUUCGACUCGCUGUUCCAGGCCCCGGUGCCCGAGGGCUUCAACUGCGACCGCCUGCGGACGGGCAUCAUCGCGGGGGCGCCGGUGCCGCGGUACCUGAUGGAGCUGCUGGUGAACCGGUUCGGCAUGACCGAGUUCACGAGCAGCUACGGCCUGACCGAGGCGUCGCCGACGUGCUUCAACGCCUUCACCGACGACGCCAUGGACCGGCGGCUGACGACGGCGGGCAGCCUGAUGCCCCACGCCCAGGCCAAGCUGGUCGACCGCGAGGGCCGCAUCGUGCCCAUCGGCGAGCGGGGGGAGCUCUGCAUCGCCGGCUACCAGCUCCAGGCCGGUUACUGGAACAACUCGGAGAAGACGAGCGAGGUCAUGAUCCGCGACGCCUCGGGCGUCCUGUGGCUGCACACCGGCGACGAGGCCGUCUUCGACCAGGACGGCUACUGCACCAUCACCGGCCGCUUCAAGGACAUCAUCAUCCGUGGCGGCGAGAACAUCUACCCCCUCGAGAUCGAGGAGCGCCUCAUGGCCCACCCGGCCGUCGCGCGCGCCAUCGUCGUCGGCGUCAAGAACAAGCACUACGGCGAGGUCGUCGGAGCCUUCCUCGAGCUCGCAGAGGGCCACCAGGCAACCCGCCCCACCGACCUCGAGCUCAGAGACUGGUGCCGCAAGAGGCUCGGUGGCCACAAGUCGGCCACCCACGUCUUUUGGCUCGGCGAAAACGGAAUCCCUGCCAAUGUGCCCCUCACUGGAAGCGGCAAGGUCAAGAAGUUUGAGAUGGCUAAGCUGGCUGCCGAAAUUGUCGAGAGGGCUUCGUCUGCCAAGCUGUAG